GCAGGUGCACCCUACAUAUUAUACAAAGGGACAAGCCGGUGAGCGACAGUUGAGCACCACACUUCGCCAUGGAGACUGUACUGGUGUUGGUGUUGGAGUCACUGCUGCUGGCUACCAUCCCUGCUUGUGCUUCGGAACUGUUCGGGGCGAGGAUGCUGAGGGUGGUGCCGGAAAGCCAUGACCAACUCGACCACCUACAUUUUAUGCUCGUUAACUCCCCAUUUGACUUCUGGAGGGAGCCUCGCGAAGUAGGCAUGCCAGUGGACAUUAUGGUCACACUCUCCGAGCUGCCUGAGCUGAUACACACCCUGACAAGCCAAGGUCUCACGGCGGAGGAGAUCAUCAAAGACGUGGGCCAGAUGGUCGUGGAGCGAAGUCUUGCAGUGUAUGCGCGAGGUCCCCGAGCCAUGGACUGGGAGGACUUCCAUGACUAUACCACGAUCACCAAGUGGCUGACCUCGUUGUCCAAAGACUACCCUAACCUAUGCACUUUGGAGGAGGUAGGCAAGUCUUAUGAGGGCCGCCCCAUGAAGCUGUUCAUGGUGGGCAAGGGCGGCGCAGACAACCCGGGCAUUUUCAUUGAUGGAGGCAGCCACGGGCGUGAGUGGAUCGCUCCCGCCACCGUCACCUACAUGAUCAACAAACUUGUCACUAACAGCACUGAGUACGACGACUUGCUGUCCCAAGUGAACUUCUACUUCAUGCCAGUCAUCAACCCUGACGGUUACGACUUCACCUUCAUAAACCCUAACAAUCGCUUCUGGCGCAAGACCCGUUCAGACUACCGCCCAAAAGUGCCAGAAGAGUCAGAAGAACCAGAAGAAUUAGAAGAAAACCCAGUCUGCAUUGGCGUUGAUGCAAACAGAAACUGGGGUCACCACUGGAUGGAGGGUGGCGCCAGCAAUAAUUCCUGCCGAUUUACCUACGCCGGACCCGAACCUUUCUCUGAGGUGGAAAACAGGGUGGUGCGGGACCAGAUUCUGAGGCUACGCAGCAAGCUCAAGAUGUACCUCUCAUUCCACUCAUACGGGCAGCAGUUCAUGUACCCCUGGGGCUACACCCACGUCUACCCUGAUGACUGGAAGGAGCUGGACGACAUAGCCCGGAAAGCAGUCAGUGCCCUCACGGCUGUCUAUGGCACCAAUUACACGAUCGGCACCACCAACAACAUCUUCCGGAGAGCCUUAGCGGGAGGCUCACAUGACUGGGUCAAGAGCGUGGCCAACGUGAAGCUUUCUUACACAGUGGAACUGGGGAACUCUGGCAAUCUCUUCUGUCCCAACAGCUCCGAUAUCAUCCCAUCCGGCGAGGAGACCUUUCAGGCGCUCCUGGUCCUCGCCGACCAUGUCAAGGAAACAUAUGCUCACUAACAAGUUGAACCCAAAAGUGCCACUACGAGAUGAAGCAUUUAGUAGUUUGUGAUGAUGAUAGUGAAGGAUUAAGAUAAAAUAUAUAAUGAAAUUAAACAUCUAUUUGAGUGAACGAAGAAAUAGAGAGCCUGAGCACUACAGGAAUGAUCCAUAACAGGAGUAUGUACAGUAAGCUUCUUGGUAUUGCAGCCCCAUUUAUAAAUUUUGAUGGCAUGAAAGAAGGAAUCAGCCUUCUUGAAUCAACUAGAAAAAAGAGGGACUUCUUAACUCGAUAGACUACGAGUGUGGGAGUCAGUGAGAGGUAGCAGAGUGUGGCGUCACCACGGCGCCACCAGGAGGCUGCGUUCACCACGACGCUCAGUGCUCCCCCCUGUGGCUGCAGCAGUGACACUCACACCUCAGCGAUUUGCAUGCGCUGAUCAGCUGUAGGCUCUCAUUAACAUUACAAAACGCUAAUUCUCCAACGAUUAUGUAGAGGCUGGAGCAUUUCUUGCUAUCAUCAGUAAAGAAGAAAAAAUCCA